AUGGUUGAGUUCCGGGAUUCAGUUCACAGAGUAGCGCCACCCUUGCACGUUCAGUCCAUCUCGAACGAGCCCUUAGACGUCAGACUGGCGGCCAUACGUCAAGCUAUAGCAGCAGAGGAAAACCCGAACCAACUGGGAGGUUGGAAAAAUCCUGGUGUUGCCCGCCCACUGCAUUAUGCGAUAGAUGAUUCUGCGCAGCACGAUUACAAGCAACUCAAGCAGAACCUCCCUGUUAUAGAGCUGCUUAUCAAGGCAGGUGCUGAUCCAAGGCUUCCGGAUUUGCAGCCUGGGCGUCGGUCACCGAUUCAGAAACUUGAUUCUUGGUUUAAAGCAUAUAAUGAGAGCCACUCGAGUUGGGCUACGGAGGACCUUGAGUUGUACCCUUUUUACAAGGCUGCAUUACGGAUAAUGAAAAAAACAGCAGCUGAGCUCGAUGCACAGGACAAAAUACAAAAUCAACAGGCUCUUGAAGAGAAAGAGCCUGCUCGUUCCACGUCGUGGUUUGUCAUGAUGAAAUUCUGGUAG